AUGGGUUGCUGCGUGUCCAGGCCGUCGCAUGACGAUGAUCCCCAGGAUGAACAUGAAACCACCGACAGAACACAUGACGCUCGCAAUUCUAUCUCCGCUACUUCCACCCAAACACAGACGCAGACUACUCGCCGCCGCACUAGGCGCGCGCCGGACCUCCCGCUGAGCGAGCACUAUAAUGAGCCGGUCCAUCUGCAUGUUUGGUAUAGCAAGCGACGCACCUGGACGCGCGCCGAGCUAGACCAAGAGCGCCGCGAAUUCUUCGAGACCCGAGUCACGGGGCGUCCCGAGGUAUGGGCGGCGCUAUCAACGGCUAUUACGCUGAUGCGCGAAAACGACCUAGCCACGGCGCAGAGCAUAGUUGAUGCAGUCGGUGUUACGAUCCCGACGGGGGAUCUCUGUGAAGGGUGUUAUGACGAGCAGGGCGUACUGUACCGCUUGCCGCAAUGUAUUGUUAACGAUCCCGAGAAUAUGGCGAAGACAAGUUGCCCCAGCCCCAACUCCACACAAGAUGAGAUUGAACGGGGGCAGGACGAGGAUAUGGAGGCGCUUUCCGAUGGCAAACUGGCUACGGAUGAUGCUUCGGGCGACGAGCUAAUCGCGGAAGAUGCCGAGCGCCGCCGCGACGAGAAGGGCAAGACGAGCGAGCGCGAUUUGAUUCGCGUGCAGGUCCGGCUUAGUGAUCGUGACGGUGGGGAUUUGAUGCUGAUGGUGGGCAAGGACCAGAGUGUGGGCUUUUUGGCUCGCAAGGUUCAGCAAGAGGGAGGGGUAUCAACUCACCAGCGUGUACGAAUCGUUUAUCUCGGCCGUAUGCUAAAAGAGCAUGAGUCGUUGCCCGAGCAGGGCUGGCAGAACGGUCAUGUCAUCAACGCUAUGAUAGUCGCGCGCCCCUCUCUCUCCUGA